GGGAAGGAAAAGAGAGGAAGAAGUUUAGAGGAGAGCAGCGGCGGCAGCGGGCGCGCACCGCAGGAGAGCUCGCUGGCAGCGCGCGGCCCGGGGCCGGGCUUGCUCGGUGCGAUGCACUAAAUGAAGCGGCCGCCGGGCUCCUGCGGGUGACUUAGCGCCGCCCGAGCGCCCCGGGCCCUGGAGGCGGAGGCAGCAACCGCGGCAGGAGCAGCAGCAGCGGCCGCCGCGGGCACGGACUGAGCAGCAGCAGCCACCGCCGCCCCCAGAGCGCCGCGGCCCAGCCCCAGCCGCCCCAGCGGCCCCCUCUGGGAGCCGGCCUCGGCCAAGUCCAGCCCGGGGGCCAGUCCCGGGCCGGAGGAGCCGCCCUCCAGCCAUGGCGACCAAGGCUCGAGUUAUGUAUAAUUUUGAUGCUGAACCUGGAAAUAAUGAAUUGACAGUUAUUGAAGGGGAGAUCAUUACAAUUACAAAUCCGGAUGUAGGUGGAGGAUGGCUAGAAGGAAAAAAUAACAAAGGAGAACGGGUUGUUCCCACAGACUACGUUGAAAUUUUGACUAAUGGUGGGAAAGAUCAGUUUUCUUGUGGAAAUUCAGUAGCUGACCAAGCCUUCCUGGAUUCUCUGUCAAGUGCAGUUCAAGUCAGCGCCUCAGCGGUCAACAGUAAUAACCAGGUGAACAGUGCUAAUGACCCUUGGUCAAACUGGAAUGUUGGUAAAUCUGGGAACUGGGAAAGCACAGAUGGUUGGGGAACCAAACCAGAAGGCGCCUCUGCUCAGAAGAACACUUCCAACAACUGGGAUGCUGCCUUUGGCCAUCCACAGGCCUACCACGGACCAGCUGCCGGGGAUGAGGAUGACUGGGAUGAAGAUUGGGAUGACCCCAAGUCAUCACCUCCUACUUAUUUUAAGGAUGUAGAGUCCACUGAGGCCGGAGGGGCCCAACGAGGCAAUGCUCGUGCUGGUGGUGCUUCCAUGAAGAUUCCACUUAACAAAUUUCCUGGAUUUGCAAAACCUGGAAUGGAACAAUACUUAUUGGCAAAGCAGCUAGCAAAACCCAAAGAGAAAAUUUCCAUCAUUGUUGGAGAUUAUGGCCCAAUGUGGGUUUACCCCACCUCUACAUUUGACUGUGUUGUAGCAGAUCCCAGGAAAGGCUCCAAAAUGUAUGGUUUGAAGAGUUACAUCGAGUAUCAAUUAACAGCCACUAACACUAAUCGAUCUGUUAACCACAGGUAUAAGCACUUUGACUGGCUCUAUGAGCGUCUUCUGGUUAAGUUUGGGUCAGCCAUUCCAAUCCCUUCCCUCCCAGACAAGCAAGUUACAGGUCGCUUUGAAGAAGAAUUUAUAAAGAUGCGAAUGGAAAGACUGCAGGCAUGGAUGACUAGAAUGUGUCGUCAUCCUGUCAUCUCAGAAAGUGAAGUUUUCCAGCAAUUCUUGAAUUUCCGGGAUGAAAAGGAAUGGAAAACUGGGAAGAGGAAGGCUGAAAAAGACGAGCUGGUGGGUGUUAUGAUAUUUUCAACCAUGGAGCCAGAAGCCCCGGACCUGGACUUGAUAGAAAUAGAGCAGAAAUGCGAGGCUGUUGGUAAGUUCACCAAGGCCAUGGAUGACGGAGUCAAGGAGCUGCUGACAGUGGGACAGGAGCAUUGGAAGCGGUGCACAGGACCAUUGCCCAAGGAAUAUCAGAAGAUAGGAAAAGCCUUGCAGUGUUUAGCAACUGUAUUCAGUUCCAGUGGCUACCAAGGUGAAACAGACCUUAAUGAUGCAAUAACAGAAGCGGGAAAAACUUAUGAAGAAAUUGCGAAUCUUGUGGCAGAGCAGCCAAAGAAAGAUCUCCAUUUCCUGAUGGAAUGUAAUCAUGAAUACAAAGGAUUCCUUGGCUGUUUCCCUGACAUCAUUGGUACUCACAAGGGAGCAAUAGAAAAGGUGAAAGAAAGUGAUAAAUUGGUCGCGACCAGUAAAAUCACCCCCCAGGACAAACAAAACAUGGUGAAGCGUGUAGGCAUAAUGUCUUAUGCACUACAAGCGGAGAUGAAUCACUUUCACAGUAACCGGAUAUAUGACUAUAACAGUGUCAUCCGCCUGUAUCUGGAGCAGCAGGUACAGUUUUAUGAAACGAUUGCAGAAAAGCUGAGGCAGGCCCUCAGCCGCUUUCCGGUUAUGUAGGCAAGGGACAUGAAGAAAACUCCGAAGUGCUUCUUUCUGACUUGGGGAAAUGCAAUUUCAAGUUUGUCUUCUCUUCUUUUUCUUCUUUCACCAUCCCAAAAAAAUUUUGGAAAAAUAACUGAAUUGAAGGGAAAAAAAAGACCCACAAAAUUAAGAUGUUUACUUUAUUAACCAGCCUGAAUGCAUCAUUUAUUCAAGGGUGUCCCUUUUUUUAAGUUCAUUUUUGUAUCCAUUAUUUAAAAAAACAAAUUUGUCUCUAUUUUUGGAAAGGACUUCAGAUUGCUGGGAUUUGUUAAUGAAAAAUUAAAAGAGUUUUUCCCAUUGAUUUUUAUAUAGAUUCCUAAUCUCUAAGUCACAUAAAAUCUUCUAGUUCUUAUCCAAUGUCAGAUAAUUACUAAUUUCUUUAAAAACAUGAAAUAUGCCAGAAUAAAAAUAUAUAUAUGUUUGUAUAUUUUUAUAACUCUACAGUCUUUGGGGGAUUCCUGCCUGCUAUUUAGCAAAAUCCAUAUACAUCUCAUUUACACAUUUGAAACAUGACUGCUUAUGUUUUGGGGGGGCCUGGAGGGAGAUGAAAAGGGAGCCUCUGGGAUUUUUAGGUCUCUGUCAUGUUCUAAAGGUAUUUCACCACUUACCUCUUUAAAAGGAUUCAAACCUCACAAAACAAGCUACAAAAUGCACACUUAGGUUCCUUUCUCUGCUUCUGUUUCCU